UCAUGGGAGGAAGAAGAAUCGUGAAGCAAAAAAUACAAUGUUGGAUGAAAAUCUCACCCUGUUGUACAAAGAUUACGAUCUUCGAGUAACAGGUCCAUUCAAGAUUGAUCGAUCGCCUCUCUGUAACAUCGCAUUAACAGACGGCUAUUGAUGAAGCUAAGAGCCAAGUUCUAAUAACAGACCUCAGUUCAAAUGGAACAUGGAUUUCCUUUAAAACAAGUGAUUGUGCUGUAAAACUCGAGAAGGGAAAGUCCACUUUACUGGAAGAUGGCGAUGUUAUUUUGCUAACCAAGUCUACUGCAUUAAACUUGGUGGCCAUCUCCAUUAGGUAUCAUUCAUCUCCAUUUCCAAGAAAUAGAAAGUUUACACACAAACCGGGACAACCUUUGGAACACAGUAAACCAACAACACAUGACAGGUGAUAACGCUGAAAGGAAGCGAAAAGCUGAAGUUCAGUCCGCUAGUGUUAAAAAAGUGAGAUUUAAGUUACGAGGUGAAGAGUUCUUUGAUAAUACACAGGUCCUGAUGGAAUACCCGGAUCGAAAUCAUAAACAAAGUAAAGAAAGGAAUGAGGUGUACAAUAAUGAUUUUAGCUUCAAAAAUACUGACACAGAGAGAUCUACUGUAGAUGGCUCGAGUAACGUAAGUUUAAGUGUUGAUGAAACAAAUGAUUUUGAAGAAGGACACGGAAAACGGGGUGAAGUGCACACCUCUACCUCACAGUUCUUUAUCUGCUCUUCUAAAAGAAGUCAUUCGGGAUCGUAUGUAUCUAAAGUACCUAAAAAUACGGUAGAACAUGAUCUCCCUCGACCGCCAGAAAAAGUUGCAAAUCAUUUAGAGCCCAAACGAACAAGUAUUGACGGUGCACCUGGAGAUAGCGUUGAUUGUGCUAAGUGUACUCACUGUGAGAAAUGGAUCCCUCGUGUGACUAUUUCUUUGCAUGAAGCAGUUUGUGAAGGUCAAAGUCUAGAGGCCAAGAGUCAAGAUCAUAUUUCUUCAUCAUCGCUUCCGCUUGACACUAGUUUGGGCGGAGAGGACAGUAAUGCUGAGAUUCAGAAUUCCGUGGUUGAAUUGGUAGAAGGUGAACCGUGUACAGUAGAUACUAGUGUUGAAAGUAUGACUCGUGAAUCAGACAGGGCUGCAAGAAUGACAAGAGUACAUGAUGAAUUGUGCGAGAAAAAAACACCUGCAAUUAAGAAAACGUCUUUUCAUCAUUCAGGAAAAUGUACUGAACCAAAAAUCAUUGACAAAUCAAUUGUUACAAGUUGUGACUCUAGGCGGGAAAAGGAAGUGCGAGUAGAAGAGAACCCUGUAACAAAGAUCUCUUGUCCAGCUAAGAAAGCCCAAAAAUUAAGUUCCGACUCUCUUCGUAGAGUUACCACACCCAUUUUACCACCUGAAAGUGAAUCUGGUCUUGAGAGAGUGGAAUCCAAAGAAAGAUGCACAUUCUGUUCCAAAUUUUUACCAGUCUCUGAGCUAAUUGAACAUGUGUCUGAAUGCUCCAAGCUGAGUGCAUGCGCAGCCUCAGGUGAUACGGAAAAUAUCCGUGAGGCGUGCCCUUACUGUGGAGAAAAUUUCAAGGUACUGCAACUUGUGGAACAUGUCAGCCACUGCAAGAACAUUUCGAGGCGGAUAGCCGAGGAAGUCUCUCAGGAGGAUGAUGCCUCCACUUUCUCGUCUAGCGAAGAAGACGAGUCUGAUUUUAUUGAAGACUCUCCUGAGAAAGAACUGUGUCCUAAAUGUGGUCGAGAGUUUCCCAUAUUAGAGUUAGUGAGUCACGCCGCUGAAUGCAAGGAAGAAGAAAUGGGCUCAGAUUUCGGGUCACUGCGGGGGAAUGUUGAUAAGGAAGACGUCAGGAGAUUUGAUGAUAGAGAAAGUAAAGACAAUACUGGUGACGGUGAAGGUUCUGAUAUAGAUAAUGAGAACGCCGAUACAACCGAAAUUAACGACCAUGGUUGUUACACUCAUGAGACAUUAAACAAUGAAGACGUUGAUAUUGAGGAGAAGCAACUCGGCAGUAGUUGUGAUAAAGAGGAAGUUACCAAAGGUGGUGUCACCGAGAAUGAGGAAGGAACAGGUAGUGACAAAGCUGAUGAUUCUAGACGGGUAACUUACGAAGAUAGCACCACUUCUGGUGACAGCUACCACCACAACGAGAAUGAAAGAAAUGAAAGUGAAAAAGCUGAUGCUACUGAAAGAAUUUCCAGACGUCACGAAUAUGCUCUGAGGAAGAUUGAUUCGGAUACACGUAGAACAAAUUGUAGUCUAAGCGAACAUCAAAAUGAUGACUGUAUUGGUGCCGUUGUAGCUGCUGAAGGCGAUGUCGGUAGUGACGAAUAUGAAUUCUGUCCUAAUUGUCGUAAGCUUUUUCAUUUGUCGCUUUUGAUUGAGCAUGCAUCAAACUGUACCUCAGUUGUUGAUACAGAAGCGGCAACAAGUGGCAAGGACCGUACUUCGACGGAUUCACUGACACUAACACUUGUUGACUGCGUUUAUUGUGGCAUUAGACUGCCAGUAGAUGUGAUGAGCAGUCAUUUUCCCAAAUGCGAAAAACACCACUCAAACCAGGGAACAGGCGCACGGCCUGAAAAAAGAAUCGCUCCUGUGGGGGAUUCACUCGCAUGUGUUAAGCUUGUAAACAACUUGAGCAGUGGACUAUCUGUGGGAGGUAUUGACCCUGAGCAUCAAGCUAGCUCCUCAGAGAAAAAAACGUCAGAAAUACCAGAAACGACAGAAUCUUCAAGAGUUAAAAGGUCUAGGAUCGAAGGUGAUAAUGAUGAUGAUGAUGGCGAUGAUGAUGACGUUGAUGACAAAGAAACAGAUGAAUCUAAAGGAGUUGUCCUAAAGAGGACAACAUCAUCGUUGGAUUCGUAUCAUGAUUGUGAAGAACAGUGUGUUUACUGUUUGAAGAUGUUUGCUUUGAGCGUCCUUGUGGAACAUGCCAGCGUUUGUUCAAGCCUUCAGCUGAACACUACGAGUUCAAAUGAUCUGGAGCAGUGUUAUUACUGCCUAAGGACAUUUCCUUUGAAUGAACUGAUAGACCAUGCACCGAAUUGUGAGCAGAGAACAAUCCAUUGCAGUCAGGAGGAUGCGGCUAACAGCCAACCAUUAGCAGGCGAACCUCUAGAAAGGUGUAUGUACUGUUUUAGAGACUUCCCAAUUCAUAAGCUGAUACGUCAUUCGCAGAAGUGUGAUGGAGACAUGUCAGGACCACGAGAGAGAUUCCAAGGUUUCCUACCUUCCGUUCAUGACUUAAGUGCCAUCUCAUCAGUCGCCAUCUUGAAUGACACUCAAAGGGACGCUUUAGAAUAUGUCAUUACACGCUCUGCCCAGGAUUCCAAAACAGUUGCUUCCACCUUACUUGCUCGAGUCAAGCGACUGGGUUACAGUGAAAACGACUUGAAGAGAACCUUGCAGUGGGUCCGCAGUGCAGCUCCUAUUAUCAUCCACGUCAAUCUUGACAGAGUGUUAAAGUUCUUAGUCGACGAUACUCAUUAUCGAAACCGCUUUGAGACUGGCACUAGUGGGGGCUCAACGGACAUAGUGGCUAGGAAAUCCUGGGAGGACCGUAUUUUUAACAGCGCUUACCACGACAGUAACCCAUCAGAGCGAGUCAAGUACGGUGUACUAAACAUAGUUGGCGAUCCUCGUGGUGUAAGAAGCUGUAUUCAUUAUGGAGAUUCCUUUCUACAGCUAAGAAAAGUUCGUCUUCGUACCACCUUCGCUUCUAUGGACACAUCCGGUGAAGGAGUCAAGCUGUCAUGUUGUGAACAUUAUGAAAACGUCCUCUUUGCAUACACAGACAACGAGAUAACUGCGAUAAUGGAUGUAGCCAAUGGAAAGGUUCCAUUUCAUCGAUCAGACUGUAUAUCAAAGUACAAAGAGGUUCAAAUUCACGGACCAGUCAGCCUAUCUGAGAAUGUUGAGUGUAUUGUGGUGAACUCUCGCCACCACAAAGACCCAAAGAUCAAGAAUAUGUUGGACCGUUUAGUGGAACAAAACAAUUUUAACCUUAUUUGGAUGGAUCCUGAUGACUUAUCAAGUCCAGCGCCUUUUCCGUUUGGCGCCAUGGGCCAUUACUCGUUAACGGAGUCUUCAUCUGGUUCUCUCUCUGCUCCACCUAGAAGACGGACUCAUGGCAAGGUCCGCAAAAGAAGUCGUAAACGAACAUUUCCACAUUAAGGAAAGGACAUUGUGUGUUUGUCAUGAUCAGGAAUGGAGAGAAUUGGGGAGGCUCCUUCAAGGAGUACACUGUACCAUCACAGUGCUUUUUGGAGUAUCUUAGAGCAAACUACACCAUCCUUCCACAUUCGCAAAAGCAUGCUACGGCAAAGUUGUGCUUGGGUUUGGCCAAGUCCACAAGAUCACACUCUUUAAACCAUAAAUUAUUGCAUUGAUGAAAAACAAACAUAAACAAGGUUUGAAAGUC